GAAAAGUUUCAACGAGAGCUGACCGAUUCUUGCAUUCGUUCGAAAAGGAUUGUCCAACGCGUGUGAACGAGGUUCAACAGUAACCUAUACCGAAUUCGAUCAACUGUAAUUGGGAUUUCGUUUGGACAGCGAAUAAUUAACUGAUUGAUAAAAAUAAAAUCAUGAGUUUGUUAAUGUUGGGCCUGAUACUAUGCGGAAUAUUGGCACUGUACAUUUAUUGGCGUAGGACAUCUAAUUAUUGGACCAGACAAGGUAUACCAGAAGCACCGUAUUCCUUACCACUCGUUGGUCACCUGUUGCCACUGUUAUUAUUGCAAAAAAAUAUUUCGCAAUUGGUACUGGCUUGGUACGAACGUUACAAGAACGAUAGUAUGGUUGGUUAUUACGAUGGUAUGGUACCAGGAUUAAUGGUACAGGACCCUGAAUUAGUAAAGACGGUAUUGCAAACGAGUUUCUCGAACUUUCACGAGAACGCGAUGAAGAUAGACCAAGAGGUGGAUCCGUUGAUGGCAAAGAAUCCAUUCUUCACGAAGGGCGAGGAAUGGUUGGUAGGAAGGAAAAGAUUGACCUAUGCGUUCUCCAGCAUGCGAUUGAAAAUAUUGUCGGAGACCGUACGCAAAGUCUGCAAAAAGUUUGAAGAUUAUUUGCACAGGAAGAUCGAGGAGAAUCAAAGGAUCGAAUUCGAGACUAAGGAUCUAUUAAGUAGAUUUACAGGUGAGGUAGUCGCCAACGCAGGAUUCGGUAUCGAAGGAUUUUGUUUCGAGGAUAAUUACAAUCCGCAAUCGUUUCACGAGAUGGGUAAGAAGAUAUUCAGGACUACCUGGUUUCACGGUACAUUGCAAUCAAUAAUGUUCUUCCUGCCGUUUCUAAACAAUUAUUUAAAAAUACGAUUGAUACCGGAGGAUAUCGAUCAUUUCUUCAGAACGGUCGUUAAACAGGUAAUAGAGAAGAGACGGGAGGAGACCGAAAAACGGAACGAUUUCUUUCAAUUAAUGGUCGAUCUUGAAAAAAGUGAGAGUCAGAAGUUCGACGAGGAAACAUUGGCGGCACAUGCACUUUCGUUCUUCGGCGAUGGUUACGAAACAUCAUCGGCGACCUUGAGCUUCAUCUGCUUCGAAUUGUCCGUACAUUGCGAGAUACAAGAAAAAGUGAGGAAAGAGGUUAGAGAUGUUCUGGCUAAACAUCAAGGAGAGAUUACUUACGAUUCCUUAAAAGAGAUGACAUAUUUGGAUCAAGUGAUUAGCGAGUCGCAGAGAUUGAAUACAUUGUUGGAUAUAAUGGGACGCUUGUGUACCGAUAGGAUCGAAUUGAAAGCUAACGAUGGUCUAACUUGUCAAGUCGAACAAGGUACAAAAAUAAUUAUACCCGUUCGUUCCCUACAAAGAGAUCCUAAAUAUUGGACCAAUCCGGAAGCAUUUGAUCCAGAUCGAUGGAACGAAGAAAGGAAAGGAUCGAUCAACAAAUAUUGCUUUUUACCGUUCGGUGAAGGUCCAAGAAUUUGUGUUGGCCUUAGGAUGGCAUUGUUACAGGUCAAAGCUGCCAUUGCGACCCUGUUAAUGAAAUAUAGAAUCGAACGAAAUCCAAGGACUAUUUAUCCUGUUAAAAUCGGAGUUUUGGGUGUACUGUCGACACCUAUCGACGGACUCUGGGUUUAUCUGAAACGUCUCUGAAGUAAAUCCAAACUAAAACCGCAGAGAAAAUUUAGAUACAACUCAAACGUAAUCUGGACCCAAUCCUGAACGUAAUCGAAAUGAUGCCAGGACACAACCAGGACAUCAAUCAAACACAACCAGUCAUACUUAGUUAUAUAAUUAUCUAGUUUCAUUAGGGAUAUGUUUAAAAAAGUGGAAUCCUCAUUAGUUACAUAUCAUCGUUCAACAACGAUGGUUAUAACGAAAAUGUAACGUUGUAGCAAAAAAUAAUUUUUUUUUUCUUUUUUUUUUUUUUUUUUUUUGAGAUAAUAAUUAUUUUUCUCUUUAUUUUUCUCCUUCAUUUUAUCUAUCAUAACUGUCAAAGAUUCAAAAUACUAAUUAAAGUAUAUUUUUUAAUCUUCCGACAGUUUCUGUUUAAUCGAAUGUUGUAAUUUUGUAUACUGAUUAAUUGCAAAUAAAAAAAGAAAUAUAUAUAUA